GAAUAUGGCAGACAAGCGUUCAAAUCAAAGAUGUCAAAGAUAUGCUAUUUAUAUCAGUUCUAUAAAGCGAAACAACCAUAAACUAUUGUCGACAGACGGAAAGAGCUAUUUUGUUUCAACCGCCAAAAGUUACUGGUGUCGGCAGCACGCGUGUUUGCUUCAGUUGGAUUUUAAGGAAGUAACCAAAGCAAUCCCGGCGAUAAGGGUACUCUGUUUAUUUCAAAGGUAACUUAAAAUACUUUAAAUAUGAAUUUUACAGAACUUAUUCCAAACAUACCUUAAAUGACUAGAUACAAAGCAGGGCCGUAUUUAAAACACAAAAGAAGCAUACAUCCUCCGUUUAAAACCAGCGUCAUCAAGCACUGAAGAUUAGGUAUAAGUUAGUUUUUUAAUGGCAGGGGUGACGAAUGGUCUUUGCGAGCAUUCGCGAGCAUGCGAGCACUGCGAUUUUUUUGCGAACACGAGCAGAGAUAAAAAAAAUUGCUUUGCGAGCAGUGAGCAGUUUAGAGAGUACCGACUCGCGGGCAGCGAGCACUUCUUAUAUUUUCCGCUUGCAGCAAUCCAUAUGGAAAUCCUUUUCUUUAAAAUGAAAUAGGAAAUGGUUUAAAAAGGGACAUGACUGAUGUGGAUGAAGAAGAAUCUGAAGAGGAAAAAGAUCCUCGUGUCAGAAAAACCUCUUCUGGAAGAAUCGUAAAGUUUCCAAACCGAUUUUAUUGAAAACACGGCCCAGUUAAAGCCCAGUGAGUAGAGCGGUAUAGAAACUCAGAAGAACUCAAGAUAACAAUAUCUUCUCUUUUUAAUCAUAUAUAGCUAGAUAAGCUAAUUUAUUAUUUAUCGUUGUCAUUUAUCGCGUGCAUUUCCACUGAACUUGAUAGCCAUAUAUUUAUAGGAAUUAAGCACCAUACAGAAUUACAUUUACUUUAUUUCAAAGAAGGAUUUACAAAAUUUCGAGCAAUAAUGACAAGAAGGCGAGCAUGCGAGCAACUGCAAAAAUUUGGGGAGCACGAGCAAGCGAACACUCGUUUAAUUUUGCGAGCAAAUCGAGCAAAGGUAAAAUUUUGCGAGCAGUUAAAAAUUUUAAUGGACAAUAUUUCAUCACCCCUAAUGGCCGUAAUCCACACAAACUCGUGCAGUACUCGGAAAAGCCGUCACCGAACCAGUCAGGUGAGAGAUUAGUAGCCCUUUGCAUGAAAUGAUACAUGACAGUUUCACAGCAAGAAAUGCUAGGGCUUUUAUCUCGUUUUUCCCUCAAAAGCGUAUGUUCCUGUGCAGCGCAACGUCUGAUCAUGUAUCAAACAAAUGCUCCUAAGAAGACCAGCACAAGUAAGAAAAGGGUUGAUUUGUGACACCUUUGUCGUAGUUUGCAAUGACCUGUAAAAGCAAGGGCAAAUAUUGUAAUGGAAAAAUUAAAGCUGCAUAAACACCUGUAAAUGAAAAGAGAAGAGUUUACCAGCAAAGUUUGUAUAUUCUGUUACGAUGCUCUCUAUUGAAAGGAAGGGAAUUUCUAAUUCAUUUAGAGAGGAAAUUGACAAUUUGUAUCCUAAUUCCUGCUGAUUUUGUAAUUUGUCGUCGGCGCAAUUUUCGACGGCUCGUUUUUGAUUAUUAAGUUCAAACAAUGGUCCUACCCCUGUCCCCAGCCGUGGGCUGGGUGCGUCGAGACAUCCGCGGUUGGAGACCAAGCUUAGCUCAGUCAUAGUCCAAGUAAGUAUACUUUGAAUGAAGGUUUUGAAGCAAAGUCAUUUAGAGAAAAAUUCAAACAAAUGUUUACUAAGAUGAGUUUUACAGAAUUGGUUUUAGUGCAGAUUAGACGAAGAGAAGGGUGGAUUCAAAGAGGGUGAUAUGAAGCACCUAUAUAGAGGAUAACCUGAUUAAAAAAAUACUAAAUAUGAUUUCUGAUCUUGAAGAUAAAGUAAGCAGGUUAAUCCAAAAACACUCAAAAAAGAGAGGAAAAACUCAAUGAUAAGAAAAAUUCUAGCAAAGAAAUAGAUGAAUUCAAAACGUGAUAUAUGUCAUGAAAUAAAAGGUUUCCUCACCAAAAAACGCGUGAAGUUUUAGAAAAUUAAAAAUUCAGAACUGUCAAGGGAAAUUAAAAUGCGAACAUUAUGAAAUACUUUACCAAAUUAAUAUUUUAAGGAUUGCACCUCUGAAUUUUAUCCAUUUCCUUCUAAACGGAAGGAACUUUCAUUGUAUAUAUCUCAACCUUUUUAAAGUAAUUUGCUCCAGGGCUUAAUUACCUUUUUAACCCAUUCGCCGCGAACCGCCUGUAACCGCCCGUGCGGAUCCACGUCCUUUCUACCCUUUGUGACGUCAUCAGUUUUAACGAUCAAGGACAACUCUGUAAACUAACUUAUGCAGAGUGAAGAGAUCUUUCAAGCCAUGCCAGAAUGAGCACAAUUCAGUCAAGGACACCGGAGAGAGAAGGAAAACACCAUGUGUCAUUGACCUGAAAAUCUCCAUGAAAAUCUUGUUCCGUUGCUCACCUACCUUUCCUUUCACCUAAUCCUAAGAUCGUAAAAGCUUUCCUAAAAACUCUUCCCGCCGAAACGAAGCCUACAAAAUGCCCAGCAAGAGAAAAAAAAAUGAGGCAAGAAAAGCGAAAAAAGAGGGGAGGAGAGAAAGCGAAAAGUAAAAGUCAAGCCUGCUGUGUCACUUUUGAACCCACGCAUGCCCGAACUUCGCAAGCUGAUAUUUUGCAUCUGGAUCAGAAGGCCGCGAAGUGUACGACCUGUAAACCGGUUUGUGGUACGUUUUAGCUCUUUAUAGCACGGCAGUGACCAGAAAACCACUCGACUAGCCUCAAAACGCGUUUUUCGGCAAAAUCUCCAAGAGCGAAUGGGUUAAAAACCAUUUUAUCGCCAGCACCAGGAGCUCAUAGCCCAGUGCCCUCUCGGCCUCCUCAGGCUGCGCUCGCUCCAUGCCUUUCUCUCCAAAAUAAAAACUGCAGUUGAUAAAAUAGCUGAAAAUAGCACUGAGUACGGAACAUCCAACCUCAGCCACAUCGCUGUCAGAGUUUUUUUAUAUCUUUUUAAAAUUGCAUAUUUGGUUUUUCUUUAUACUUCGGAUAUUGCGGAUCGGAGGAGUAUCCCCUAUAAUGGUGUAACUUCAUUAAAUGCCUGUCAAGUUGAAAGAAUUUAAUAUCAAGUUGGCUUAAUUACAAGUGUGACUUUAAUUUCAGACCUUCAUUUGAGCCACGCAACAAUAGAUAAUCAUUGCAAGAGCUUUGUUUGUCUUUUUGUUUCUUUCUAGCUAAGCUUUUUUCUAGCUUUUUAGUCGAGCUUGCUUGAGCAAAGCGAGACUCUGAAACUGCAGUCGCUUUUCUUUUGUCGCUGGGACCUAGUUUAGUAGACCUAGGCCGCGCGUUCCUAGCGAUGACCGUGGAGACUAGGGAUAAGAAUCAUGGCCACUUUCACUAUAUGCAAACGAGUCUCGUGAUUAGCAUGCGAUAUAUUUUCGGGGAUGACUGAAAUGACCCUCUUAAGUUUGGCAAUGAUGUAAUUUUCCUCGAAUGGAGGCCCUUGAUUUUCGUGUAAUUAUGCACGACAUGCGGGCACUGAUUAAAAAGGAAAUAUCCCCAAGUAAGAUGGGAAAAUAUUAUAGCGGGGAAAUCCUAUUUUGUGGUGUUUUAAGGCGUUACGUUUCUCAGAAUAUUGUCGCAAUUACUGGAAAUCUACGGUUAAAUAGUUUCACUUUGUUUUAUGUAUUUAAUUGAUAGAUUUUCGCAGUUGUUAAGAUGUGAAGUCGUGUUGCACUUUAUAAAUACUUGGGAUAUCAAGUAUCCACUUUCACGUAAUUUUUACGUGCGUACGUGCGCAAAAUUUGCGUUCACAAAUAAAAUAGAGGCCAUGUAUGAAAGGCCGCACGUACAAUUAUGUUAGCGUAAAAGUAGAAACUCUCUCAACUUGACGUUUAAUCUUAACACUUUAUAUCUUACCUAUAUUUUAUUUACGUGAUUCAAAUUUACGUGCUUUAACGUGCGAAGCCAAAAACGCUUCAGUGGAAAUCUGCCAUACGUUACAUAUGUGUCACGGAUGUGUUAUAUACGAGUAGCUUUGAACUUGACUAUCCACGCACUCUACUUGCAGCACUUCAUGUCCAUAGAAUAGAAAUCCCAUAUCGAGCUUUUCCGGAGCGGGUUGGUCCAAGAAUUCUAUCGCUUGAAAGUGUUGAUUAUUUUGGAACAACUGAUCACUUCAGUGGUCGGAAAAAAAAAAGAAUAAUCUUGAAGGUUUACUGGAAAAUCUGGAUCGAGGAUCGAUAGUGAAGGGUAUGGUUUUCAAGCAAUCAGAGCGUUUGGGUUUCCGUUUAUCAUUUUUCAGGAACUGAUCAAAGAAAGACCGUGGAACUAGGAUUCUGGGGGUUUUUAGCUGAACGCGCGAGAAAUCCAGGGAAACAAGAUCCACCCAGAAAUUCCCCUACCCGAUAGUCUGCUUUUUUUUACUUGCGCCAUUUUUUUCGCGCGGUUUUUUUUUCUUUGCGCCUUUUCGUCUUUUCUCGUUUCUCGUUCUUUGCUCCUAAACCGCACGGAAACGCUUGCUACGCAGGCUAGAGGACCGAGGAAUCAGGGAUCAAGGAUUGGUCAAAAAGAACUUGAAAAUAAAACAAAUAAAUAAAUCGUGGAUCAGUGGUGAUGUGAGCCGCAGACUGUAGAUAAAUUUCACAGAACAUAACCUCGUUCGCUGUACUGAACACUAAACUCAAGUAAACUAAUCCGAGUCUGUCUGAGUCAGUGAUUGUUUUGACGAGAAAGUGAAAUUUUCCUGGUAAAUGAAACGCUUUAUCCCAGUGAUACUGUAAUAAAAGAAAAAACUUUAACAGUUUUUAAUUUUGAAUUGUACAUUUGCUUUCACUACUCCUUACUUUUCUUGUAAUUGUUGUAUGCACGACCUCAUCAGCAAUGCUGAUCUUUUUAUCGUGCUAAAAUAAAGUUCUUAUCUAUCUAUCUAUCUAAAAUGCAUGCUGUGUACAACUCCAAACAUUGUACUAUGAGACUGUACGGAGAUAUUAAAAGUAGAUACUUCGCAGCUAUGGAAAAUGUAAUUACUUUCACGCCAUUUGGAUAUCUUAUAAAACGGACAACAAAUUCAGCAGCAAUACGUGCGAACUGAAUUAACUGUGUGUUGUAUAAGGUUCUGUUAAACUGACACAUUUUUCCUGUGCUGAACAUAUAUACUGUACCAAGCCGUAUCUUGGUCCGGUACAAAGAAGCUAUGUAUAUUUAUACCGACAGAGUCAUGGGCCCCUGAUAUCGAUAAAAAUCAUCGUUCAAUUUUUGGAGUGUAAAAUCCCUGAAAGAGUAUUCCUCAAUGGGCUUUACCUUUUACCGAGGUAAAGCCCGAGGUAAAGCCCCUCAAAGGAGCAAUAUCAAUAUGUAGGCUGAGAUGUGCGGCCUCUCUCUCCUUGCAAUUUUUACUUUUUGAGUAUUAACAUUAUGACAUAUAGCACUCGUUUUGUAUUCCAAACGAAAAAGUAGUAUAACAGCAAGGGCGCCUUUGACAGCGAAACUCAUCUCCAAGCAAGCAAGACUCAACGCCACUAAGAGCGUACUUGUUUAACUAUAAACGUUUCCCAUCUGUUUUAUCUCCUAAAACAUUCUUACAUUAUUCGGCAGGCGUCAUGCACUUGAUGGAAGUGUUUCAUAUUUUCGCUACUGUGUCACUGUUCCGUGACCUGGUGACUAGUGCCAAACCCUUGGAGAAUUCUAGCGAUUCCCCGACUGUUCAUCCAAAUCAAACUGAUGACGUUGACUCCCGUUGUCAUGGCAAGUUCUCUCCAAGAGGAUUAUGGGAUGCUACAUGUCAACUAAAUGGUUCCUUAGGGCCACCAGCCCCUUUGGUCUUUUUUGAUUCGCUGUAAGUUUUUAUUGAACAAAACUCUUGCUUUAUCCUACCUUACCGAUGCCCCUUUGAAACUACCAAAACUUUGCAUCUCCAAACCUUCAGUCGGCUGGCUUUAUUGAGCAAUCAGUAGCCUCACUCUCGUGCAUCAGUUUUGCGAUUGGUCUGAGAAAUUAGACGGAUUUUGCGUGAAUUAACGUCACUAUCGAGUACUUUCUUAAAAGCAAGAGUCCCACUAAGCUAGUGAAGCUUGUGUUCAAGUCACUCGCAAGGUUAAGUUACACGUGCUUUACAUUUUUAUUUGUUUAUUUUUUUGGUUUGACGCGUUUUGUCAGUUGGUCUUGUGUAUAAAAGGUCAGAACUUUUCAAACACUUUGGAGGAUCGAGACACACACAAAAAAAUUUGAAGGUGGCAGGGUUUCUCUUGAAUUUAAAAAGGUGUGGAAUUUUUUGUGCAAAGGGAUAACAGAUGUAGUGUCGGACAAAAUUAAGAAACAAUGGUAUUACUUUGAGGGGAUUUUUCCGGAGAAAUUAAUCCCUAUCCAGAUUGCUAUGGAUGGAUAAUGUUUCGCCCCAAUGUACGGGAAUAUUCAAGACAGUCUUGGAUUCUGGAUUCCACGCCGUGGAUCCAGAUUCUAGGCACUGAAUUCCAGUCUUUGUCAGUGUAGCUUGGAAUCUGGAUUACAAUCGAUAAUGCGGUUCUGUAUUCCCUCGAGCUGUAUUCCGGAUUCCAAAGUCCAGGAUUCCUGAUUUUACAGGCAAAAAUUUCCCGGAUUCAUUUACGUGGGGCGAAAUGUUACGGAAAGGAUUUAUUGUUUCAAGAUCCUCGAUUAUUAACCGUUCUCUUGGAGGACUGAAUUAAGUAAACAGUAUGUUUCUCGCCUUUUCUUCAGAGAUCUAUCAAGAAACAGACUUGAACACGUACCAACAGAAUUUCUUUCAAACCAAAGCCAGUUGACAAACCUGUAAGUAAAUUGUGCCUUUAGGUACAAAAUAAUUUAAUUUAUUAAAACUAGAUAUAAGGGGUUGUUACUAACUUUCAGUAUCACCUUUGCAGAUUCAAAGGAUCUUUAUAAAAUGACUGUCAAACGAAAAAUAAUGGUUUGCCUUUGUUUUUUGUUGUGCACUCAAACGAAAGUUCCCAAAAUAAAACAAGGAAGUAAUGUCGGUUCCUCCAGUUUCAAUUUUAUGACGGGCACAGCAAAAAUGAACUGACUACGAAAAUUUAUUUCCAAAGAUAUUGCUUUGUUCUCUCUGAAAAUUCUGAACUUUUAAAACGUGAUAGCUCAGUUUGAAGUCUUGGCGGUCGUGAAUUAUUCCCUAGUUUUAUCCCCAAGAUUAAUUGUAACCUCGCUGAGGCUGAACUGGAGUCUCAUGAUGAGGAAUAUCCACUAAAAAAGCUUGGUGCAGGCGUAAAAUAAGCUAGCACCCCCCGCCCCUUCCACCCCCUUACACUUUACAUAUUUGUUCAGUUUGUGUUAAGCGUUUUCCCAGGCCUUCUCGGUCAAUGCGUUUCGGUGACGUAAAACGCGCACACCGCGUCAGCCAAAACUCAUCGGCCCCGCAAAAUAACGAGGCCUCGCGGCUAGGCAACAGGAGGUGGAAUUGUAAAAACAUUCUAACCACUUUUUUUUCAGUUCUUUAGCUCACAACAAUAUCUCCAGCAUUGGAAACGGCGAUUUCGGGACACUCUCAAAGCUUAAAAUAUUGUGAGUAAAAAACAGUAACUUUAUUCCCUUUUACUGCACUGUAUAUUCACAGGCAUACUAAAUACGAAAUAUCAAUGACAGAUCCGUUAAUUUUGACACACUUUUUAAGGUUUACCUUGGCUUGGCCCUAGUGAUAUGAAUAAUAAACAACGAACUUCUCCCCGGAAACGUCCCUCAAAAAUGUUAUGCAGCGUUGUGUAUCUGAGUGCGUACAAGAAGACUCAAACUAAGGAAAUUAUUCGCCUAAAAGGGUGUUAAUGUUAGCCACGAGCCAAUUAAAAAUCAAGUUUCGCGAGAAUGCGCGGCUUUGUCAAGAUCGAAUUGGCUAUUGCUUAAAAUGCAAUACAAAUUAUAUGGCAUGUAGAGCUCUGCGCGUUCUUCAAUUCUCUGCGCAUUCUUUCAAUUCUCCAAUCUUUAUUUAGUUUUAAUCAACGAACGUGAGUCCAACGAUAUUUUCGCAAUUUUAAACUUGUUUUUCCUUUCCACAGAGACCUAAGUUUCAACCCACUGCAAAUAUGGGAAGGUGACGUCAUCAGCCAGCUUCCAAACCUCGUUACAUUGCACGUGACCGGAAGUAAUUGGAUCCCUGAGAGUAACAUCUUGACUAUUUCCUCACUGAAGACCAUAGAGGGCGUUACUUGGAGUCAGAAAUGCGCGAACUGUACACUCAUCAAUUUAAAGAAAAGAAACAUGUCUGUUCCGUUCACGCCUAACGUGAAUCGCGGCGACCCAGCUGAUAACUUUGUUGAACAUGGAUUUUAUCCGUUUUGUUCAAAGUAUCAGACGCAGUGUGCGCCAAAGUCUAUUAAAUAUCCAAGCGUCGCUGAGAUAAGAAAGAAAGUGAGUCUUCCAGAGAAUCUGUUCUAUGCUUCCUACCCAAUGGGUACCAUCGCUAUUUUAUUAAACCUGAUUAUUUUCUCAACGAUACUAUCAUCAAGAACCCUUCGUAAAUCAACGGCAAUGCUCCUUAUCGCUAACAUGGCCUUAUGCGAUCUUCUUACUGGAAUUUAUUCGGUCAUAAUUGGUGACUUAAACAUAUUUCAUUAUUUAUCAAAGCACAGACCUGGAGAAAAGCUUUUAAUCGGGGGAGGUGUUCUUUGUCCGCUUGCCACCGCGAUGUUUACCUCCUCGCAAUGUGUUGCUGCAGUAACGUCUUUACUGCUCACAGUUGAGAAAUACUGUUCAAUUGUUCACUGCAUGAACCCUGUCCAUCGACUGAGCAAGAAAGUAGCUGCUUUCUUGAUACUGCUCUUUUGGCUUUUCUCUCUGGGAUAUGCACUCGCUCCCAUGUUUGGUGUCGUAGAUCUCUUCUUUAGUGCAACAUUGAUGUGCAGCGUCCCAGUUGGUAAAUCUACGGAAAUGUUUCUGGUAAAUUUCGGAAUUCUGAUGGCGCUUUACAUUGCCAACGUCCCUCUGUACGUGGGAAUAUUCCAGUUUGUUCAUCGAUCAGACGCUCAUCUGGGUAUAAGACGGGAAACUGCCAUUCUACGAAAGAUCGCUCUGGUUGUCGGAACUAAUUUUGUACUUCUUCUGACCCCAAUGAUCUUAAUCAUUACUUUGGUGCCAGUUGAAAACAUUCACAACUUCAUUGACUUGAGCAAUGAUCGAGACAACAAGUUGCUAUUUGUAUUUGGAUUCUGGUUCCCUAGCGCUUGCUUUGGAUUGAAUGCCUGUAUCAAUCCCUUACUCUGCGCUUUUAGACAGGGACAGUUUGUCAAGCAGAUCAGGAGAGCACUGGACUUCCGUUUACUGCCUCAUCUAAAUGUCGCCUUUUUUUCACGACGACACAAUGGAGGUAUCCCCUCGGUCUCUCAAUUAAGCAGCAGUUCAUCUCAAGUCGUUCUUUACAGGAUAACUCAUUAUCAGAACUAA